AUGUCCUCUUCUGCCUACGAAGUAACUUUUCAAACGAGCGAUAAUGAAACUAUUGUCGUAAACUGGGAAGUAUUCCGUAAAUUCGGAAUAUAUUCACCUCAGGACGACCCUGAUGCGCGGCCACGAGAUCCUGUUUCUCUUCCAAAUGUCAAUGCUGCAACCUUCCAAAAGAUUGUCGAAUAUUGCGAGCACCAUAAAGACGAUGUCAUCCCUCCACCACAGGAGGUGGAUUCAUUCACAAAUCAUAUUGGAUUCGGGUCUAUACAGCCCAUAAACAUCGAUGAUUGGGACCGAAGGUUUAUGCAAGUUGAGGAAAAAAUGAUUUUUGACAUCAUUCUAGCCGCCAAUUACCUCGAUAUCAAACCCCUAUUGGAUCUUGGGACUAAGACGAUCGGCGAGUUGAUCAAGGGAAAGUCCCCCGAGGAAAUAAGGAGGCUAUUAAAUAUAGCAAACGAUUUUACUCCUGAGGAAACGGCUCAGAUUCAACGGGAAACACAGCGGUACUAA